CACAACGACACCAAGAAGACCAAUAGAAAAGCGAAACAAAAUGUUUCAAUGCUACACUCACGGUGGAUUUAGGGGGAGAUAUUAUGAGGCUGGUGUCAUUAUAGGCGAUAGCUAUUGAAUCAUACAAUCUUUACUCGUCGUUCAUUUUCUUGAUAAUUUUAUUUCUCUCUCAGGUCAUUCCAUGGUUUUCAGAUCCCCUUUAGAGCUUUAUCCCUCCCAUUUCUUCCUGCCAAACUUCGCAGAGCGCCCUGUGCUCUUGGCGAGCAGCACUCCCAGCACCAGGUCUCCAGAAGACUUGUCAAUGUUUGCGCUACCGACCCUCAACUUCUCUCCGGAGCAAGUGGCGAGCGUCUGCGAGACGCUGGAGGAAACCGGAGACAUUGAACGGUUGGGACGAUUCCUGUGGUCCCUGCCGGUGGCACCGGGAGCAUGCGAGCAGAUCAACAAGCAUGAGUCGAUCCUGCGAGCUCGCGCAGUGGUUGCUUUCCACACGGGGAAUUUCCGAGACCUGUACCACAUCUUGGAGAACCACAAGUUUACCAAGGACUCCCACGGCAAACUGCAGGCCAUGUGGCUGGAGGCACACUACCAGGAGGCCGAGAAGCUGCGCGGUCGCCCCUUAGGACCGGUUGACAAGUACAGGGUACGGAAGAAGUUCCCCCUGCCCAGAACCAUCUGGGAUGGCGAGCAGAAGACGCACUGUUUCAAAGAGAGGACGCGUGGUCUGUUAAGGGAGUGGUAUCUUCAGGACCCAUAUCCAAACCCCAGCAAGAAAAGGGAACUGGCUCAAGCCACUGGACUCACUCCUACACAGGUCGGAAAUUGGUUUAAAAACCGGAGGCAACGAGACAGAGCCGCGGCAGCAAAAAACAGGUCAGUACGCUGUUCAUUUGUCAUAGCAUAGGCUACACAGCACCAAAUAGGCAAUAAUAAUUCCUAUAAUCGAAAUGCAAAUAUACCAUGUAAAUGUUCAACUUCAUCGUAGUAAUACACAAGGUUUUAGAGGGGUUACAAAUGAGCACGUUGUGUGUAUAGUUAGGGGUGGGGAGGGAGCACGGCGACAUUUUAGUUUUUGAUCUCAUAGGCCUAUGCAAUCAGGGGCUACCGAAAAAUAUAACUAUUAUUGUUUUCCAAAAUAAUCCCACAAAUAUUCUAAUGCGUAAAACAUUUUCUUGCGUAAGCGUUCUUGUGCGGAAAACACACAACUCUCGCCAAAUGCAAAGCGUGUAGGCUAUAGGCUACGCUGGUAUGCUAGCAUCCCUGAUAAGCAAAAUGAAAACAUCAAGGUAUGCGUUAGAUAACAAAACAGGAAAUACACACAAAGAAAAUCAUCAAUUUGAAUUUGUCCUAUAUUCCUGACAAUAACGCAAAUAAUUAUUGAUAAGUCUGUUGAACUUGGAACACAGCAUAUUGUGAUGAUACCUCAAUGGCGCACGUUUCUGAUUAUCAUCUUGAAUCCCAACGAGAGUGUUGUUAUCUUCUCUCAACAAGUGAACGUUUUUGUCUGAAAACAUCACAUACACUGCAGGGGUGGUAUAGAUCUGGAUCACAAACAGGAAACAAAACACCUACGAUCAAAUACUGUAGGUUAUUGGUUACUUGUUUAAUCGAAAUAAUAUUAUAGGCAUAUAUAUUCAUGUAAAGGGACAGUGUAGACUAAGAUAGGCCUACAUCCAAACAAUAAUCAUAAAACACUGAAUAAGAUGGGGUAGUUUUGCUAAAUAAAAAUGAGUUCAGUUACCAAUUUUUAUUUGUAUUGUUGUGCUUUUUACACAUACGAAAUGUGUACAUUAGGCUAUAGAUGUUUGGAAAUGAUUGAUACAUCACACUGUCAACAUAAAUACAAAAUAAUUAUUCUAAAAUUGUAGCCUGUUUUGCAGCCAUGUUUUUGAUUCACAGUGUAUAGCCUAUUAUCUAUUUGCAAUGCAAUCAUUAAUUACAAAUUGGUGAACUGAACAAGCCAACUGGAAAACACAGCAAUAUUUCUUCAUCUGCAUUUUCUCAGUGAUAAAAGAGUACGUCAUGGAUUCAUUCAUUUAGUAAUUUAAAAAUAAAUAAAACAAAUGUAAUCUUUCAUUCAUUUGGACAGGCCUGGGUAUGACAAAAUCUACGAUAAAAGACAGUUCUCAAACUACAUUGGCCAUGGUUUAAGUAGCUAACAACACGCCUGUACUUUAACAUAGACUGUUAUAUUUUUCCCACAUUUAGUAUUUGUAUCUGCUUUGCUUUAGCCAAUUCUUACCCCCAUCAUGUGAAGGUUAGAGAGCUGCAUUUGUUAAAGACUUGCCGGGGAGUGAAUGACAAGCAGGCUGAACGCUAUUUUGCGGAGGGACACUGUAUUUAAUUGCAAUGUUAUUUUCCCUUUCUUUAUAUUCUCCAGGCUUCAGCACCAGGGAAUAGGACAGAACGGUAUGCGGUCCCUUUCAGAAUCCGGGUGCACCCCACGCAGCUCGGCGGAAUCGCCGUCGACCGCGGCCAGUCCUACUACCAGCAUCUCCAGUAUGACAGAACGAGUUGAUACUGGAACGUCCAUUCUUUCAGUAACCUCCAGUGACUCCGAGUGCGACGUAUGAUAUAAAAAAAGAUAAAUAUUUACAGGAAAUAUGGACCUGAAAAAAAAAAACAAUGAAAUAUCGGGAUGAAAAAAGGACCAAUUGAUAUAAAUAUUUAAAAAUAAAAAAAAAGAUAAAAGCACGUCUUUUUUAAGCGCUUUCAAUGGACCCACCAAGCCUUCCCCUUACCCCCACCACUACCUGCAUGAUGUUUUUUGGUAUCUGGGGAAAAUACCCUGUUCAAUAUUUCUACAAGGAUAAUCGAGAAGAGGGAAUUACCAGAGGGUGUUUAUCGCCUUUUCAUCUCUGUUUUAGUCCAAGUGAUGAUGCCGCUCAGCCAAGAUGCAAUCCUGUUUUACUUUAUGUUCAUCAGACAAUCAUUUACGUCGUAAGCACCUUUUUACUAUACACUUCUGUCACUGCCUGUGUGGGGUAGGCCUACAUGGUCAAAUGUGGAACCCAAUCGUUAUGACUGUAUCAGAUUUUUAUUUUUAUUUUAAGAUUUUAUAUUGAAUUAUGUAUAUCUCAAAUAAUGCCAUCAUUCUCCCGCGGUCUGUAAUAUCCUAUAUGUGUAGAUAUGCUUGUACAUAAUAUUGCUCUCCCAUCUCCAUUCUCUUUUCUAUCCUUGUUCACUUUUCUUGACUUGGUGUUCCUAUACAUAAAAUAUUUGUCAAACCGUAAAAAAAGUGCUCUAGGCGUUUCGUUUGUUUGUUUGUUUUGAUAGGCUACCUAACAUGGGAUAAUGACGCCAUAUAAACGUGUUAUCGGUCACAUUUAUGCAAAAUGAUUUUAAUAUAAACAUUGGAAUAUUCUUCAACAAUUCAAGUCCUACAUUUCCCCGUGCAUUACCUAAAGCGCUUAUUAUUCAAUGUUUAUUUCUUGCGUGUUCAUGUUAAUGUAUAUUUCUAAAUCAAAUACAGUAU